AUGGCUCAUUUGCUGCCGCCGCAAAUUAGACCACAUCCUUCAAAUGGGUCCAUAACCGACCACUUAAAGCACAGAAUCCUAAACGAUAUUGCAAUGCUGCCAAAACGUUCAAACUCUUUAGUUUUCAAGCCACGUGUCCGCUUUCCACACCGCCCAUCGCUCUAUAUGUAUUUCAAGCAUUUUCUCCCCUCCACCCUCCACUUGGCCUCCCCUUCCCUCGCCGGCGACAUGGCAACCUCCCGCCUUGCGCCGGCCUCCUUCGCGCCGCCGCACCGCGCAGCCCUUCCUAGAUCGUCAGUGACGUCGGCGACGGCCGUUAAGUCGAGGAGGACUCCGGGCAUGGUGGCAGUUACCACGCCGCAGCCGCCGCACGUUGAGAAGCGCGGGGCAGGGGGGCUGGCGCUGUCGGACGUGUGGAGAGAGAUCCAGGGGGAGAAUGAUUGGGCAGGGAUGGUGGAGCCGUUGAGCCCACUCCUCCGCGAUGAGAUCGUCCGGUACGGCGAGCUGGUGGCGGCGUGCUACAGAGGCUUCGACCUCGACCCGGCCUCCGGCCGCUACCUCAACUGCAAGUACGGAAAGCGGAGCCUGCUCCGCGAGGUGGGCCUGCCCGACUCCGGAUAUGUCGUCACCCGCUACGUGUACGCCACCCCGGACGCAACGGGCUGUAGCAGGUGGAUUGGGUACGUAGCGGUCGCUUCGGACGAAACCGUCCGCAGGCUCGGCCGCCGCGACGUUCUCGUGUCCUUCCGUGGGACGGUUACCCAGGCGGAGUGGCUCGCCAACUUCAUGAGCGCACUGCAGCCGGCGCGGCUCGACCCGAGCGAACCCCGGGCGGAGGUGCGGGUCGAGUCGGGGUUCCUAAGCCUGUACACGUCGGAUAUGUCCGGAUGCCGGUUCAGCGAAGGGAGCUGCCGGGAGCAGUUGCUGGCCGAGGUGGCGCGGCUUCUGGGGGAGUACAAGGAGGAGGAGGAGGUGAGCGUGACGGUGGCGGGGCACAGCAUGGGGAGCGCCUUGGCGAUGCUUCUAGGCUACGACCUGGUGGAGCUGGGGCUGAACCGGGGCGGAGAGGUUCCGGUGACGGUCUAUUCCUACGGCGGGCCGCGGGUGGGCAACGCCGGGUUCAGGCGGCGAUGCGAGAAGCUGGGGCUGAAGGUGCUGCGGGUGGCCAACGUGAACGACCCGGUGACGAAGCUGCCGGGGAUGUUCCUCAACGAGGCCUCUGCGCGUAGGCUGCCAUGGGGCGCCGGCGCCGGAGCUUACUACACCCACUUCGGCGUGGAGGUAGCACUGGAUUUCUUCGACGUGAGAAAUUACCCGAUGUGCGUGCAUGACAUAGAAGCCUACUUGUCGCUGCUCAAGUGCCCUCGAGUGAAGAAGAAGAAGAAGCAGGUCGUAAGUAGUAAUAACGAUGCUGACGAUGGAGUUGUGGAGGUGUUGAUGAAAAUGGCGAGGAGGUUUUUGGAAGAAGGAAGGUUGGAUGUGAUCUUGUGGAGAUGGCUGGAAGCGGCCAUGCAAGUCAGUAACGUGGUGCAAUCUCUAAAAAUAUAA